GUGUGUGUGUGUGUGUGUGACGUCACCACCAGCUCCAGAAUCUAUGGAGCUCCAUUUAUGGUGUUUUUCACUUGAACACUGAGUCACAGAGCUUCAGUAGCAGUCAGUAGUCAAUCAGUGAUCUCCGUCUCGUGGGAAAUAAAAAUGAACGUGGAUCAUGAAGUUACACUCCUUGUGAAUGAGAUUCACAGACUUGGCAGCAAAAAUGCAGAUGGUAAAAUCAGCGUCAAAUUUGGCGUCCUGUUCAACGAUGACAAGUGUGCCAACCUCUUCGAGGCGCUCGUCGGGACACUGAAAGCAGCCAAGCGAAAGAAGGUCAUCACGUUUCAGGGCGAACUCUUACUGCAAGGAGUUCAUGACAAUGUUGAUGUUAUACUACUGCAGGAGUGAACUGACCUGACAAAGUGCCCUUUAGUCAAGUAAAAACAUUUCCCCUCUAAGAUCUUAGUCCUACAGUGAGUAAGCAAACCCACUCAUGAAUUUAUCUUCUUUGUAUACUUUUAUAAUUGGGGUUUUGCUGAGGGGAGUAAGUGCUUUUUGACCAAACAUUCUGCUUUAAAAUGACCAAUGCCACUACCAUAUCAUAGUUACAGUAUGUCUCAAUCUCAACCUCCUGUGGACUAACCCUUUAAUUAUGGGACUGCAAAACAAAAUGUAUUAUAUUAUGUUUUCUUCACAUGUCAAUCUUGUAUAGAAUUUUGUUAACAAGAUUAAGCUCUUGGGAGACUUGAUAUCAACAUAAAUUCUUCUUGGAUGUUGUUCUGUAAUGAGUAGUUGUUAAAAGACACAGCCAAGGACGUCCCAGUGCAGUACUACUGUAUUACUGUGAAUCAGGUUUAUUUGUGCCAAAUGAUUAGUAGAUUAUUUGUCUUUUACAUGAUGUAGACAUUUAUGAGAAAUUUCUUUUUCAACAUAGAAAAUUGAAACUUGAACCUUUAUACUUUGGGAAAUGCUUUACAGCAAGAUUAUAGCACACAUUUUUAUACACAUUACUGUACUGUACAAGUAUCUUCUCAGGCAUAAAUAUUAUUUUUGGCUGCUAGUUUAAUUCAUAAUAAACUGCUCUGCUUGGUCAAA